AUGUCUCAUGUGGUCUCCAAUGUUUUAGAUACAAAGAGGAGUCAGUUUUGUUACACCAAAGUGGACGUGCCGGAGUGGUUAUCGGGCAUGACUAGAAAUCAUGUGGGCUCUGCCCGCGCAGGUGGUUACAUUCAUGAUGCAUUUAAGGUGUUUGAUGAAAGUUGCGACAAAGAUGUUGUUUCGUAUAAUGCGAUGAUUGACGGGUUUGUUAAGGCUGGUGAGACUGGGAAGGCAAGGGAAUUGUUUGAAGAAAUGACUGUACGAGAUUCAGUGUCUUGGGGUACACUUCUGGCUGGGUAUGCCCAAAUAAAUCAAUGCAAGGAGGCCAUUGAACUCUUUGAUCGAAUGGUUGCAGAAUCAAGGGUAGCCCCUGAUAAUAUUGCACUGGUUUCGUCCCUCUCAGCUUGUGCACAGCUGGGUGAAUUAGAAAAAGGGAAAAGCAUACAUCGUUAUAUCAAGCGAAAUAGAAUUCGGAUAGAUGCAUUCUUGUCCACCGGACUGGUGGACUUGUAUGCAAAAUGUGGGUGCAUUGAGACUGCUUGGGAGAUUUUCGAGUUUAGCCGUGAAAAGAACGUGUUUACAUGGAAUGCAAUGCUCAUUGGGCUGGCUAUGCACGGUCAUGGCAAGCUAUUACUUGAUUACUUCUCAAGAAUGAUAGAGGCAAGAGUUCAACCUGAUGGUGUUACCUUCUUGGGAGUGUUGGUGGGGUGUAGCCAUGCGGGACUUAUUGAUCAAGCCAGGCGGCUUUUUGGAGAGAUGGAGGCUGUCUAUGGCGUUCCUCAAGAGCUCAAGCACUAUGGAUGUAUGGUUGAUUUGCUUGGGCGAGCCGGUUUGAUUGGAGAAGCCAUGGAGAUGAUAGAGGCAAUGCCAAUGGGGGGUUAUGUGGGUGAUGUGUUUACAUGGGGUGGGUUGCUCGGGGGAUGUAGGAUACAUGGGAAUGUUGAGGUUGCUGAAAGAGCAGCUGGGCAUGUGAUGGAGAUAAAGCCUGAAGAUGGUGGGGUUUAUUCAAUUUUGGCUAAUGUUUAUGCAAAUGCUGAGAAAUGGGAUGCUUUGGCCAAAAUAAGGAGAUUGAGGGAUUCUAGGAGACUAAAAAGGAAUGCUGGUUGUAGUUUGAUUCAAUUGAAUGGUGUCACAUAA